GUUGCAGUCAACUAGGUUGGGUACUCUCACCACAGAAGAAGAAAAAGCAGGAAGUGCUUGUCUGAACACCAAUGUUGUGAUUGUUUGGAUGUGCUCUAGCUAGGUGGACAAGUUCAAGUAUUUUAUUUGUCUUUUGUGUAAAGAUCAAUAGACUGUAAGUACCAUGGCGAGUCCAGAGCCACCAGGUGGUGAGAUUAUGGAGCUGGGGGCCGGGGCUGCAGUGGCAAGCUGUUCAGGCUCUUCUUCUACCAGUCCUGGCCCCUCAGGUGCCAAAGUAGACUCCCAGCUCCAAGAUGCUAUCCACCUAAAAAUGGAGGGGAACAAAUUCUACAAAGAGAAAAACCUUCGUUCUGCCAUUGGACGUUACCACCGUUCGUUGCUCGUUCUGCGUAGUUUAGACUCUGAUGUCACUGCGGCAGUGAAGGGGUUUGGUCCUGAGGCUCCUGUACUCACCGCAGGACAGGAAGAACUACUUAGGAACACACAGGUGGACUGCUACAACAAUUUAGCAGCCUGUCUGUUGCAGAGAGAAUGUGUAGACUACACGCGUGUCCAGGAGUACAGCUUGCGGGUGUUGCAGUGGCGUCCGGGUGACAUCAAGGCCCUGUACAGAGCAGGAGUGGCCUCUCUGCAGCUGGGAAACGCACAGAGUGCCAAGCAAUACCUCACUCAGGCCAGCAAAGGACAACCCAAUGACACUAAUGUGAGGAGGCACCUGCAGCAAGCGGAGGAUAGGCUGAGCACAGAGUACCAGAAGGAGAAGGCUCUGUACCGAGGCAUGUUCUCCUCCAGUCAGAGAGCAGGGGAGGGGGCCAGCGGAGGAGUCACCCAGAAAUAAGUUCCCAUCAGGAGGGAUGUUCUGUUGUUUUGACCCUGAGGAUUGAGAAGAGCACUGGAGAAGAAAGAGGAAACAAACCUAGACUGGACACCUAAGAAGAGCUACAGCAUGUUAGAGGGAAUCGGCCUAAGUAAGGCCGGUUGGCUAAUAUUGAUCACAUAAUAUAUUGAUCACAUAAUGAGUAGAUAUUUGCCUGAUGACCAACAGGAAGCUAUGUCGUUGGAGGCUCAAAAGGGUUGAAGGUCAAAGUGAGGGUACUAAAAGAGACUGUUUUGUGCACUGUUCAAACUCAAAGUCCUAUUAUGCCUUCUGAAUGUGGUUGUUUCUGGUCUAAUGAUCAGUUGUGUUACUUUUUGUGUACAAAAUGUUUUGAUUCAACUUAAUAAAUAUUUUUUGAAAUGACA